GAACUCUACCAUGACGACCACCAGCGCCGCUGCGGCCGUGCCGCUCGACGAGUUCUUCCUUUCGUUCCCGGACGACGUCGAAGAGUUCUUCACGUCUGCGUAUGGUGAAGCGCACUGGGGCGCCAUCAAAGGAGCUCUCGCGCGCCCGCCAGCCUACACGUCAGUCCGCGUCAACACCCUCGUCACCACGCAAAGCAAGCUUGUCGCGAAUCUCAACGCAGCUCUCGUGGACUUCAAUGCGCGACUGCAUGCUCAAGGCCGUCCCGCUAUUGUUGCCGAACCGCACCCGACUUUGUCGGACGUUGUGAUCGUGCCGUCGGCUCCACGUGUGAAUGUCCCAGUGGACACAGCAACGACCAAGAAGAUUAUCGUGGAUCGGCUGUGCGGAGAAGCUGUUCUUCGGGGAAGCGACAUUUUCGCUCGCGGCGUCAUGUGCGCCAGCAGUGCGUUGAACGCCGGCGACCAGGUCUUAGUUUACGUUGACUUGGACCAUUCCGCCACUCGAGGUAGCGACGCCGAGCUCCACGCCGGUCGUAAGGUGCUAUUGGGCUCGGGUACUGCGGCCAUGCCUCGCAGCGAAAUGUUUCGAGCGCUCAAGGGCCUGGCAGUCGCCGUCCAGUCGCGGUUGUGCGCGGACGCUCCUCCACUGAACGGAGUCUUGCCCGGGGACAUGUAUAUGCAGAAUACUCCAUCAAGCGUCGUGGCGCACGUGCUCAACCCGCAGCCAGGCGACACGGUCCUCGACAUGUGCGCCGCGCCAGGAGGCAAGACGUCGCACUUGGCGACCCUCAUGCAGAAUCGAGGGACGUUGGUCGCAUGCGAUCGCAGCCGUCGCAAAGUGCUUGAAAUGAAAGCGUUCUUCGACGCAGUCAACCUGUCCAUUAUCGUGCCGAUCAAAUUGGAUUCGACACAAUCCGUGCUUCCAAAGCAAGACAUCGUGCCGAGUGUGCAGCAGGUUAUUCUGGAUGCACGGACCAAGGACCCUCAAGCCAAGCUCCUCCCCAUCGCUGGAUUCGGAGCCGAGACGUUCGACAAGAUUUUGCUUGACCCCCCGUGCUCGGCGCUGGGCCUGCGCCCACGACUCCUGCACGCGUGCAAUUUGUCCGAACUGGAGCAGUACUCGAACAUGCAGCGCAAUUUUUUGUGGGCCGCUGUGUUUCUGCUCAAACCGGGCGGCACCCUCGUGUACUCGACAUGUACCGUCAACCCAAAGGAGAAUGAGCAAAUGGUGCGGCAUGCUCUUGACUCGUACCCCCUCGAAUUGGUGGCACAGAGUCCUGUACUCGGCAAACCUGGACUGACUAACCAAGGGCUCACGCCGGACCAAGCUGCGAAAGUACAACGGUUCGACCCGGCCAGCCCUAGCGACACGAUGGGGUUCUUCUGUGCCAAAUUCGUAAAAACGGCAUCCGUUCGGGAAGUGCCGCCGCAGAAAUUGUAGAAAACUAUAGGAAAAUCCACCUGCCAGGCUUGAUGUGUGCA